GUGUUUUAUUACGAGUUAAAGCAGUGAUGAAACUGUUACCCUGAAACUCCACAUUCCAGUACUGUAGGUGGCAGUCUAUAUCUAUUCAAGUUCGUUCCUACAUGCCAAUUAUAUUUUAAAAAGAAGUAGAAGAAGAAAAAGACCGCUGACCUGCAACCUUAAAGGAAAGCGGAACUUUAAUGUGACUUGUGGUUUCAGUCGGAACGUUUAAAUGUGAUACCCAAGCGUUGCUCGGUGUCGUGGACGUGCAGGUAAUUAUUUCAUCGGUUACCAACAAUAAUGUCUUCAGUUCAGUGUUUGAGAGAGUUUGUCAACCAGCGACUAUCUGCUGCUGCUGAAGAAAUAUUCGGAGUUUUUAAAAGAACCAUCGUCGAGUAUCAGGAAGAGAUCGAGCGGCAGCGCGGAAUGUUGGAUGUUAUUUUGAGACCCGAAGUGAGGUUAAACAGGAUAGAGCUCCCACAGUCACGUGUCUGUAAGCAGGAGGAGGUUCUCUCUGACCAGCAGCUGUGUCUCCAGGAGAGGAACCCCAGCAUGGACCAAGAGGACCCAGAUCCUCCACAGAUUAAAGAGGAACAGGAGGAACUCUGCAGCAGUCAGGAGGGAGAGCAGCUUGAACCGAAGCAGGAGACCGACACCUUUACGUUGACUCCGACUUGUGAGGAAACUGAUCACAGUGAUGAUGAGACUCCGUUUUUGAAUCCUGACAAAAGAUCGGGUCCAGUCUACAUCCAGGACAUGGUCAAACCCUACAUCCCAACCCACACAUGCUGCUCUGCAUCUGCCAGGCUGCUUGUUCCUCCCUCACUGAGAGCACAACACUUCGACAAGAAGACCCUUUGCUGUCCUGCUCCUACAUGGUGGAACAAGCUCUCUGAAGACGACAAGACCGCCGAGAGCCAAAAAAAUGGCUCUUAUCUAUAAC